AUGAACUGCAUCAUCCUAUCACGCUUGAGAGUCCGCGGCGACGGCGCGAUUCCACUGCACAUAAUGCGUCCCGCGCUGAGCGGCCGCCGAGGAGCUCUUGCCCGCCACUGCACGUCGCUGACGCCCAACCCAUCGCCGAGGCCGCCCGAGCCCUCUCUACUCGAGCUAGACGUCGCACUGUGCAACCCGCUUCCAACAAGGCUCGCACGCUCGUCGGUCGCGCCCGAAGCCGGCCUCGGCGUCUUUGCUGCCGAGCCGGUCGUGCGAGGCCGCAUCUGCUCCUUCUACCCAGGAACGAUCUGGCGUUUGGAGGACCUCUGGCUGGCCACGCCCAUCGACGACAGCCAGAUGCCGCUGCCAUCGCUCAGUGUGAGCAAUUCCUACCUCCUGCGGUGCACAGUCUGCGACGAGGCUGGCAGCAGAGUCGACUGCCUGGUGGAUGGCCGGCCGUGGGGCGAAUCCGCCGCCAUUUUUGGCCGGCUCGCGGCUGCUCUCGGGCCGGGCCGCGUCUACACCGGCUGGUUGGAAGGGCCCGUGAGGCGCACUGACCUGGCGCGGCUCGCCACGGCCAGCGCCGCCUCCUCACACGCGCUUGGCCACCUCUUAAACCACUCCGACAGGCAGGCGAAUGUUGUGUUCGCUCCUCCCGUGCCGGUGGAGGAGCGGCAGCUCUCCCCCGCCGCACUGAGCCGCGUGCCCGUAGUGGCUGCAGCCUCGCUCACGACCUCUUUGGGCUUCCCUGGCUGGGCGCGCGCACUUGCCUUUCCGCGCUGGCUCCUCCCGAUCCGUGCGGCGAGAGACAUUGAGGAGGGUGAGGAGCUGCUGUGGUCUUACGGUCAGGAUCCAUUGGAAGUCGGGUGGCGCAAAUGA